AGCGUGAUGGGCCGGAUCGCCUCCUUUGGCGGGGGGUACUGCCCCUCCAAGUACGGCGUGGAGGCCUUCUCCGACAGCCUCAGGCGCGAGAUGCGCCCCUUCGGGGUGCAGAUCUCCAUCAUCGAACCCGGCGGCUUCCGGACGGGGAUGACCGACCCCGGGGUGCUGGUGAAGGCCUUGGAGCACCUCUGGGAGAGGCUCCCAGCAGAGACCCAGGCAGCCUACGGCUCCCGCUACUUGGAGACCUAUGCCCGGCGCAUGGCCCUGCUGCACCGCCUGAGCAGCUCCCGCCUGUCCAUCGUCACCGGCUGCGUGCAGCACGCGCUGCUCGCCCGCUGCCCCCGCAGCCGCUACACGGCCGGCUGGGACGCCCGGCUCGCCUUCCUGCCGCUCAGCUACUGCCCAGCCUGGCUCUCUGACACCAUCAUCACUUUUAUCCUGCCCAGCCCGGCCGGGGGGACACCUGCACGCCCCUGAGACGCGUGUCUCUGCUCAAUAAAGCUGCUGUGAAGGGGGCUGCCCAUGGCGAGCUCCAUCCUCAGAGCUGGAGACGUGGUUCUGGGCCACCCGCUCUGCUCGAGAUGCACCCAAGCCCUUGCCCAGAGCAGCUGCGAGCAUCAGAGCCACGGCCGUGGAGACAGCUCUGCCCUGACAGCCCUGCGGGGGUCCCGCAGCAUCCCCUCAGGCAGCAGCAGCCUCCCUCGGCGCUUCCCAGACACCAGACCUCAAGGACACCUCGCACUGCUUGGUGUGCGGGGUGCGGACACAGGUCCCAAGGCAACCAGCCGUGGCCUGCAGGGAAGACAACCCCAGUGCAGCCUCCCUCCAGGCUUUUAUUUGGUUUUGGGGGGUAUUUAGGGCCAACCACUUACCCGCAUGCCAGAUCCACAGGCUCUGGAGCUGCCGCAUGGUUCUGUAGUGCUCUGGGUGCCUUUAUCCUUAGCUCACUACCUCCCUCAGCUGCUGAGAGCUCGCUGUGCCCU